AUGCUUGAUCAGGAGCGCUUCCCCAUGACCGAGUUGUUGGAACACACGACGCUUGAUCAGGCUCAACUUGAGGCUCUUCGCGCGGCACUCUGCCAGGAGGUGGCCCUCAUCCAAGGACCCCCGGGGACCGGCAAGACGUAUGUCGGGACGAAGGUCGUCCGGCUGCUGCUCACCAACAGACGCAUGCUGAGUCACUGGAAGGGCCCGAUCAUGUGCGUCUGCCUCACGAACCACGCCCUGGACCAGUUCCUGUGUGACCUCUUAGACGCCGGAGUCGACGGCAUCGUCAGCAACUCCGACCUAAUCCUUUUCUUUCGGUAUACGCUCGAAGAUUCCUGCGGCAAGGAGAUGUACCGACUGCGGAACAUGAUGAAGCAGCUGAGCGACGACAUGCGCGACGAGUGGGAGUGGGCGGGCGGGGUCACAGCGAUCACGGCCAACUUUCGCGAUGCCAACUGGAGCACCACGGAAGUGUUGCACAGGCUUCUCGUAAGGCACGCGCCUCCCGUCUUCGAGGAGGCCAUCGUCAACGGCAACAAAAACCCUGUGGUUGACGAGGAUGACUGGCAAACGGUGAGGCGAAAGAACAAGCCUUCCGGCGUGAGAGCCAAGGAGAUAAGCGGCGCCAUGACCAACCACGACGACAACGGUCGUACGCUGAGGAAGGCGAGCCUGCCCGACGCGCAGGACGGCGAUGUCGCCGGGACCAAGGAAAGGAAGAGGCGCGACCAGCGACGAGCGUUGGACCGCCGCGAUGCCGCCACGGUUCCUUAUCCUGAUGCUCGACGUGGCGCUGGUGCUGCUUCGUUAUUCAGCGCGCCGUCGGAACCACUCCCUAGCGCAGAUGAUACCUGUGCCGGAGAAAGCAAACAGACCACGGAGGACCUCGAAGACGACGAUGGAGUCGCUGAAGGGAAGGAAAGCGCCGACGCCAACUCCAGGGCUACCAACCAAGGCGAACACCACAUUGCUACCGGGAUAGCGCGCUCGGUGGCCGCGGGGAAUCCCUGGCUCGCCCUGGCCGAUCUCAACCACGACAGCAGCGGUGACAGUUCCGACUAUUCCUCGAUGUCAGGUGGCGAACCAGCGUUCGAUUUGUUUGAUGCGGUAGCGGAGCCGAAGGGCACUAUCUCGGGCGGCGGCGUGAACGACGAUGGCACAUCUCCGUGGUCUUUCGCCAACAGCGGUUUGGCUCCCAUGGCGGACGGAGAGGAGUGGGAGAUGUUCGAAAGCGAAGACACUGAUAACGACAAGGAAGGUCACGUCGACGGUGGCCAUCUCGAAGCGAAGGGUACUUCCCCGAGCAGUGAGACCCGCCCUGACGGGGUCCAUCCUCCCGCGGCCCUUCCACCCACACCCGCUACAUUCGGAGCGCAGCAGCAGCGCCAGAACCAGAAGAGGCAGCACGUGGAGCAACGCCGAGGAUUCGGGGCCGGGCGUGGGCCCAAGCCGAGGCCGGCGCCGUUCCGUGACGACGCCGAGAUGAAGGCUGGAGAAACGUUGGUCCCCAACAGCGAGGAGGGUGGCAGCCGUCUGGACGAAGACGACGAGGGACAUUGGAGCUCUACAAGCGAUGGACUGGAGCAGGGUAGCGGUAACGACGGAGAAGAAGAGACGGAUUCUGUCGCGUCAUCAAUGAGUGAAGACGCCGAAAGCGAAAGCGAUGACGACGAGGAUUCCGAAGAAGGUUCCAGCGAGGAAGGAGAUCCAGGCGAUACCAGGCCUACCCCUCCAGCCGGUGCUGUGCAUGGUCUGAAUGACUACGAUAUCAUCGUAUCGGGAGAACUGGCCGUGCUGCAGGAGGCCAACGUUGUUGGGAUAACCACCACCGGGGUCGCCAUGCACCAGAGCCUGGUCGAGGCGCUAGGGGCUACCGUUGUUGUCGUCGAGGAGGCCGCAGAGGUAAUGGAGGCGCACAUCCUCGCCGGGCUGACGCAGUCGACCCAGCACCUCAUCCUCAUAGGUGGGCCUGGUGGUGACCAUUUGCAGCUGCGGCCAAAGGCAGAGGUGUACCGCCUGACCAAGGAAUCAAGGAAGGGCUUCGAUCUCGACGUGUCCAUGUUUGAGAGGUUGGUGGAAGAGCGCCGAGUUCCCGUCCAUGACCUAGCCACGCAGCGGCGCAUGCGACCGGAAAUCGCCGACCUCAUCCGGCCAGCCGUGUAUCCGAAUCUCAAGGACGCACGCCAGGUGCAGAAAUAUCCUCCGGUGGAGGGAAUGCGGCGCAACCUUUUCUUCUGGGACCACGCGGUGCCCGAAGACAAGUCCGGCACUGUCGCCAGCUCCAAAACGAACAGGCACGAGGCCAAGCUUGUGUCAGGACUGGUGCAGUACCUUCUCAAGCAAGGCUACACAGAUCAUGGAGAUAUUACGGUCCUCACUCCGUACCUCGGGCAGCUCUUUGUGCUCAGGGACGUGGUUGGGAACUCCAGCGUCCUGGACGUGCAGGGACUGUUACUGACGGAGAACAAGAAACUCACGGUAACAGACUCGCUUCCG